AUGUUGCAAUCUAAAAGCGGACGACGUCACCAAGGCGCGUAUGGCAUCGUGUAUCAAGAGGAACGAAAUACACAAGGCAUUGCAUCCGACUUCGGGACCAGGUGGGCCUUUCCGAAUGCGCCUGAAGAAGAUAGAAGGCUCUAUGAGACGGAGCGAUAUCAUAAUGGUGAUAUGACCUAUGUUUUCGAUAUUCCCAAGGAGGGCAACUAUGUAAUCAUUUUGAAGUUUUCGGAGGUGUACUUCCAAGGGCCGGGACAAAAGGUCUUCCAUGUGAACAUCAACGAUAUUCCUGUGAAGAGGAACUUGGACAUCUUCCAAGAGGCGGGCGCGACCGGUGCAGCACAUGACAUGUAAGU